AUGUCUUCAAUGCACGAAACACUGCUGGAACUACCUACCUUGGGUAUCUACCUGGCCCAUCACCGUGAAAUGUCCCGUCCCUCCAACUCAACGGUCCGCAUGGGCAGGCUGCAGGAAAGUACGGUGGAUAAGGUCGCUACUUCCCGGCUUCACUUCCACCUCCACUUCCACAGCUUCAACACAAUUCUCCCCACUCUCCCCACUCUCCCCAGUCUCUCCAUUCUCUCUAUCAUCCCUCUCUCUCCUCCUCCGUCGUACGGGGACGUUCUUCCCAUUGUGACCACACUCUGCGAACGAUUCGUGAAUCCCGGCAUCCCCCAACUAGAUUCAAGCUCAAUCAUAGCGGCCCCUUGGACCAGUCGACGACACAAGGCCAGGAAAUUCCAACCCCCGAGUCCCAACACCGCCCAACCUCUCCUCGGCAUCACUUCGCCCCUCGUUCGGUGGGCCUUGGAUCACCAAUCAUCUACAUCACGGCCACUGCCCUCGUCCGUCACCAUGGCCUCCGCUUGGACAACGGCCCCCGUUCGCUUCGACAUCCCUCCCGAGGCCCGUUCCCUUCCCCGCUUCGCUGCGCUUCCCGCCGAACUCCGCUACGAGAUCUGGGAACAUGCCAUGCUCGAACCUGGCAUGCAUUUUCUCAAGGUCGUCGUAGACCCCGACUCGGCUGUCUCGUCCGACACCGUUAGCAUCGACUCCGACAUCAGCCACGGCGCUCAGGUGGCCCAGCAGCACCCGACUGACGACACUGCUACUGCGGGCCACCACCCUUCCAGAUCCAACGCCGCCAUCAGGAUUCGCAAGGCCCACCUGGCGCCAAUCUACCCCCACCCGCGCGCUGACUUGUCUCGUUACGUCGGCACCAAUCACCGCUUGUCCACCUUAUCGGCGUCCUGUGUCGAAGCUGCCCAAGUCGUCCGCCGACUGGUCCACCACCCCGCCAGCAUCAAGUUGCCCGACGGUAAUACCGUCUUCCUCGACCGCGGGUCCCGGGACAUCAUCUGUCUCGACUACAUGUCCAGCGACCGCUUCUACAAUGGCUGCCGCAUCCGUCACGACGUCCAAUGUCCCGGUCUUGAAGGGAUCCGCCAUCUCGCCAUCCCCUACUGCCAUCAGUGGGAGACCAAGUGCAACCCAUGUUCUCGCUGCCACCGCCAGCACGACCUAUUUACCGAGAGGACAUACCCCGUCCACGUCUUUCAGUUCCUGGCAAGGCAGCUUCCCAACUUACAGACCUUCUACUUUAUCGACUACCUCAUCCUGCCAAAGAAGUCUGCUGACCGCCGGGAUGCCGACCGCCGGGACGACGAUUCCAACACGUCUGCAAAGAGACGACCACAUGGCUUCCGGAGCAAGGACCGGACCUUCUUCGAGGUAUCGUCCCCCAACAGCGACGACUGGGCAGUCUCCUCGCGCGUCUUCCAGACCCUCAGCUGGGUCCAAGAAAACUUCCGUACCUACGCAGUCCGCAGCACCACCACGCGGUACCGCCAUCCGAACCCGCAUGACGUCCAAUUCAAGGUGCUCGCCUGCCAAUGGGAUACCGUCGAGCCCCGGACAGCCCACGCGCCGAUGUUGAAUUGUCCCACGGCGAAGAAGAAGACCGACAAGAAGCGCGGCUUCGCGUCUGCUUGCGGCGAGAACUCUCCCGCUGGCCGCGCUCUCAAGACGUUCAAGUCGGCCCGGGCCGCCCGGCGACAGGUCGUUACCGCCACUUCUGCCACCGCAGUGCCGCAUACUGUCCCCUUUGACACGCCGCCGGGGAUGUUCGUUUUUGGGAGAGGAGAGAAGUUUGAUUUCGUCUUUGGGCGGGAGGUGCUGGUCCGUCGAUGAGGUCGAGACUGUAAGGGAGAAGGAGGUCCGAAUGUGGAUGGCACGUUUCCUUCAAUAUUCUUUUUCUUUUUCUUUUCUCUGCCUGGUAUGUUUCUUUCCCUCUUGGAGGGUCCUGUCGAGGGUUACGGUCAAUGGAACGGGCGUUAGGAUGGGCGUUAGGAUGGGCGUUAGGACGGGCGUUAGGAACGUUGAGACCUGCUCCACGGUGGUUCACCUAUGUUUUCUCCCGAUCCUACUUUUCUUUUCAUUAUUAUAGCUUCCUAGGCGCACCUUGUCCUCCGCAGCUACCCAGCUAGCGAAACCAUUAUUGAAAAUCCCCCCAGUUCCCAGC